AUGCCAGAAGAACAGCUUCUAGAACAACCCCCUGCACUUCUACCCGAGUUGGAAUUAUCGCGUGAUUCGGUCGGGCUCCGGGUCUACGAGAGACUAUCCAACUGGCUGACGAGGAUAGAGAGACCCAAGGAGGGAGUUCAUAGGAUUCAAUACACCUGCGGCUGCGGCGAGCCUAUGUUCGUUGAUGUUAAGGAGCUGCGGCCUGGCGGGAUCGAAAGGUUUCGCAAUGAGCUUAUGGCGCCGGUCGUUGGGCCGCAGGAGCGGGUACUGGUUGAAUCCGGAGGCGGGGAUCCUGGGCUGCCCAGAAUUCCUCAACGAGCCUACGUUGCGGCUAGUUCCAGCAGCAGUGAUGGGACUUCAAGCCUAAGCCUCGUCCCUGACGGAAUAGGUCUUAGCGGGCAGUCUGGAGAUUUCGAAAUAGAAAUUGAUGGGCUGCAAAGAGCUCAACCGGGCGACAGUGGUUCGGAGCCUCUGUUCCUAUUGCUCUGCAUUAACACUCGAAACCUUACCAAACUGCUCCACGUGGAUCUCAGUAUCUGCCCUGACAAAGUGAGGCCUGGGCUACCGCCUGUGGGGCAGGUUAAGGUGCAAAGGAACUACCUCUAUGAACCCUUCCCAACCGAUGUCGAAGUCCUCAGCAUACCUAAAUUCUCCCACCUCCUCAAGCCCGGCGCUCACCACUACGACUUCUGGCUGAAGACGAUCCCAAAGAAGCUGCGUACGGAGCUAGUGUACCGGCCGGCAGUCGUCGGAUGGGGCUUGAUGGUUCACGAGGACUGGGACUGGGUUAUCGUGCUCUCCAAUUUCCUCGCGCUGAUGAUCAUCUUCGGCAUCGGUGUUGUGGUCUACGCUGCCUUGUCGCACGACCCAUCGUCCGCAUUUGGCUUCGGGGCCUAUGGCAUGGCUGUAGUCACACUCUUGAUUACUAUCAAGUACUGGGCAUGGCAGGAGCGCGAAGUGUCGUGA